UCUGCUACAGAAACGCGAUCGACAGCACGCCGGUAUUGACCUGUAGCCUACACGCUCACCCCAGCCGGGCUUCAUAACUACAAACCAACCGCUAUGAGGAUCAUCAGUCUCGUGUUCUUGUGUUCUGUGUUCCUGCAGAAUGGAGCCUCCUCGGGCCAGGGCCUCCAGGAGAAGAUCCUCGGGGGAUACCCGUGCCGGCGCCUCACGCAGCCCUGGCAGGCUUCACUCAACCUGGGAUACCACGCCUGCGGAGGGGCGCUCCUCAACAGCCACUGGGUCAUCUCGGUCGCCCACUGCUGGUUCAACCCGAGUCGAAUCCUGGUGGUGCUGGGCGAGUUCGACCUGUCGGAACACGAAGGCACGGAGCAGCCGCGCCGCGUCAGCACCGCGCUCUGGCACCCGCUCUACGACCUCCGGACCCGGAGCCAUGACGUCAUGCUGCUGAGGCUGGCCGAGCCCGUCCUCUUCACCCCGUACGUGCGACCCGUCCCGCUGCCCGUCAACUGCCCCGCCACCGGGACCUACUGCACCGUGUCGGGCUGGGGCAACACCGUGGGGGACGGGUUCGUUAUGCCCAACAAGCUGCGCUGUGCCGAGGCUGUCAUCGUUAGCGAGCCGGACUGUGAGACAGCUUACCCGGGGAUGACACCCGGGACCGUGCUGUGCACCGGGUACUCAAAUAUGGGCACCUCGGGCCCGUGCCAGGGUGAUUUCGGGGGCGCGCUCGUGUGCGAUGGAGUGAUUCACGGGAUCGCGUCCUGGAGCGAGGUGUGCGCGCACUCGGAGGGAGCGCGCCCCGCCGUGUACACGAAACUGUGCGCGCUCGUGCCCUGGAUACAAAGCACGCUGACCGCUGACUGAUACCCGAGCGAGUCCGGCAACGCGGGGAGGAGGCGCGUAACCCAUUCACUGGAAGUCUUUCUCAGCGUCUUCAAUCCCAGAUUGUGAUUCUGCGCUUAGGAACAGGCUAGAUUUGGGCUUUUCUGUUCAAAUAAUCAAAGUGCAAAGAAUAAAAAAAAAAAAAAAUACUUUCAAAUUGUGUUCUUGCUUGUUAGGUGUUUUUAAUUAUUAUUGAUUGAUAAUGUCUUUAUAAUAUAUAGCACUAGACCCUGAUAGUGAUGAGAUCCAGCCCUCUGAAAUGUCUUUAUAAU